AUGAGCUGUUCCGCGUGCUCUUGGACCUCCACCGCUGCCUCGACGCCUUCAGCGAGUCCCGCGACCGAGCCAAGGGCCUCGUCCAGGCGGCCGCCACGGCCCCGCCGCCUCCCGCCACGACAAGCUGUUCCGCGCCAUGCGCGUGGUCGACAAAGAUCUCUGGGCCGCCGCUGCCGGCUGGGAGAAGAAUCGCCCUCCGACCACGCCGCUGGCAGCCGAGGACAAAUAGCCCAAUCGAUCUACCUCGUCUCCUAUUCAGGUGAUGUUUAUCAUUCUUGUUUUUUUCAUGUGAUGUUCAUCGUUCCUCUUAUUUUCUCGGUUGAUGUGCUAAUCAUGUUAGUCAAAGAUGAACGUAACUGUGACGGGAAAGGAGAGAUGGACCGGGAUAUUUUGCCUCGGUGUGUCGCAUGGUGGCCGAGAUGCGGCAGCCCCAUGCUCUGUUCUGAUGGGCCUCCUCUGCUCGAUGGUUGCCGCUGGUUGAGGUUCGUCCUUCUCUGGUUCGGAUGUUCUUCGCCACUGUUUUGGAUUCGUCCUGCUAAUUUCGCAUGUUUGCCUUCGUUUCAUUCAUGCGCAGUUUGGUACAGUUUCCUGUUGUCGCUUGCAUCGAGCCCGGGGUCCAUCUCUCCUUCUCAUUGA